AUGGCCGACUCUGACGGCGAGUAUGUCGCCGACAUGUCGGACGAUGAUCUCAUGGAUCACCGCGUCACAGACGACGAUCCUCAAGCGGCGAAAGGAAAAUCGGCCAAGUCGAGAAAAGGCGACUCAGCUAGAGCAUGGGAAGUCUCGAAACGAACUUGGGAGACGAAUCUACCAGAGGAAGAAGAUGGAAUACUAAGUCUCACAGCGCUUGAGGCCGAGAAGCGGAAGCGACUACUACGUGAUACGACGCCCCUACAAAGAGGAAUCAUUCGACAUAUGGUGCUUGUGCUGGAUAUGUCCUUCGCUAUGACAGAGAAGGAUCUGCUACCUACAAGGUAUCGUCUCAUGCUGAGCUACGCGGCAGCCUUCGUGCGAGAGUUCUUUGAACAAAAUCCUAUUUCGCAACUAGGAAUUAUUGGUAUGCGAGAUGGAGUUGCUGUGAGGAUUAGCGAUGUUGGAGGAAACCCGACAGAACACUUGGAAAAGCUAAAAGGGCUGGAGAACGAAGAUCCCCAAGGCAAUCCAAGCUUGCAGAACGCUCUGGAGAUGUGUCGAGGAGCUCUGUUCCAUGCGCCUUCUCACGGCACACGAGAAGUACUUAUUAUCUAUGGCGCAUUACUAUCCAGCGAUCCCGGCGAUAUUCAUGAAACCAUUGGCAACCUGAUAACGGAUCGGAUACGUGUCUCGAUUGUCGGUCUUUCCGCCCAGGUAGCUAUUUGCGCUGAUCUGUGCUCACGAACGAAUGCCGGUGAUGAGUCACAAUACAAUAUCGCGAUGGACGAGGUCCAUUUCCGCGAACUUUUCCUCGCAGCCACGACACCCCCUGUGACACGCACGGCGGAACAGAGCACAGCCAGUCUUCUCAUGAUGGGCUUCCCGUCCCGAACACUUGUUCCUAACGGGACUACAAGUUACUGCGCGUGUCAUAAUCGGCCGUUCCGAGAGGGAUAUCUCUGCACCCGCUGUGGCGCUCGUGUGUGCCGCAUACCGGCUGAGUGUCCAGCUUGUGACCUCACCCUUAUUCUAUCGACUCACCUUGCCCGCUCAUAUCAUCAUCUCUUCCCGUUACGAAAUUGGGUCGAGGUGCCCUGGACUAGAGCCAACCGCUCUGCAGCCUGCUUCUCAUGCUUAGCGCCAUUCCCUGAGCCACCAAAGGGCAAAGCACCCGACAAGUCUAGAGAAGACAGUGGCGCACCAAAGACAGCCAAGGGCGUCAGUGAAAGUGGGCGAUAUGCAUGUGAAGUGUGUGGACAACACUUUUGCAUCGACUGUGACGUCUUUGCCCAUGAGGUUGUCCACAACUGCCCGGGCUGUCAGAGCUUAUUAUCUAAGACAGAUAUCGCUGCCUCAUCGGGUGAGCCGAACGGCACAGCUGCAUACACCAACGGUGAUGUUGUAAUGACAUAG